CCUCCCGGCCCGUUGGGUGCUCAGUCUUGUCUCUAGCCUAACUUCACCUCAACGUUUACAUCCAUUCUCAAAUAAUAUUUGAGAUGAGGACCCUGAGUUCUGGGGUUUGUGAGCUGCUCUCGCGUCAAAGAAGGCCACAACAGCAACAUGUCUAUGAAGUAUGAAGUGAAAUACGGGAUGGAUCACGAGGCACAUUCCGGUAUCAUGGUGUCUAUUAUGAAACGUGACUCAGAGUGUGUAUUUGCCUGAUAGUUGAUGGGACUAUUGAUGAUCGAAACUGCAAGAUCAGUAACCACGGCGAGAUCAGGUGAGACUUUGCAAUAGGAGGACUCCCCAUAUAUAACUCUCACUUGGUUCGAUACUUUAGAUCAGCGAGUUGAUAGACCACCCUUGAAACCUUCAAUACUAGAAUCCCUUGAUCGACGGAGUAAAUGUGAAAACCACUGAGAGAAUUGGCUGUGGCAUGCGACUAAACGAGUGUCAUGCCUUUGUGUGUACCGACACUACAUCAAGUCUCUGUUAUUAAAUUUGGCUCCCACAAUCUCAAGAAAACUAGUGCUCAUCAACAUCUCACUUUUGUUUUCUCUGAUUCGAUACUUGGUUUUCAAUCAAGAGGAGUUACUGGCUUCCUUUACCUACAGGUCAGCUCUGCUGAAGUGAAAGACUGGUCGGUAUAGUUUCUCUGUUGACUGUCACAUCUACUGAUCCAUUCUCAGCCACAGUCACGCACGAAUCCCUCGACAUGAAUCAGCUAGAAGGACCCGAGAGCAAAGGUACUGGCUCCACCAAGAAAGGUGAACUGGUGGUCGAUACCAAAUCUAGUGGACUUGGUGCUCACCAGCAAUCUAUCCAUCCCCAUGUCAACACCAAGACGAACAAGCAGGAGGGCUUUGCUACAAGAUCUGCAGAUCUCAACGAUGUCGACCUUCCUACACCAGCUAAGAAGGUUAAAGUAGGCAAAUCAGAGAUCAAGGCUAGAAAUGGCACGUCCGUCAGCCCGUACCUGGCCGAGAUUGAGAUAUUGAAGGGACAACACAUUGCAGAGAUCAAGAAGUUGAAGGAAGAGUAUAAAACUGAAAUUGAGAGUCUCAAGAGCGAGGAUCAGGAUUUGCGACAGGUGAAGGCAGUAAACAAGCUGGAAGAAGAGCAUCAAGCCGAAAUUGAAAAAUUAAAGCAGCAGAACGAAGAGCUUAAGCACACCGUCGAGGCUCAGAAGUCACGAAUCAGAGUGCAGGAGCACUUGGUUCAGGUUGGAGCCGCUGUUCGGGGCCGCUGGUUCGAGCUGGCUAAGAGAAACGCUGGCGUUGGAGAGCCUAUUGCAGUUAUCGUGGAAGCAGGAGAAAGAGCCAUCACUCGGGGUAACAUUCGUGCUGACCUAGCCAUGUUGCAACUGGGCUAUGCUAGCCUUCCUUCUGUUCAAGCAGCCCAGUCCGCUGUUGGAAACCUCGAUGCCGAUUCCAAGUACAAAGAAGGUUAUUUCAAGGAUUUGUACACACUGAGCUUCAGUGACUUUGCCCAGCAUCUCCUCAAGAAUUUCUGCUCGUACCCACUGAAGAAGCUAGAAAUCUGCGAGAUGUCUGGAACAAUGACAAGCCUCACUGGAUAUUCUGUUACUUCAGAAUAUGAGUACAUGAACCUCUUACAUAGCUUCCAGGCCUUGGCGAUCCGUGCGGAUGAGGAGUGGGUGAACCAUAUUUGUCACCUCUGGCCUGAUCACCAACGACGUCUUAAUACGGCGAAUAACUGGCCACCCCUGGAGAUGAUUGUUCGAGACAUGAGAAGCAUUGUUGAAGAGAUUGCUCAGGGCGCCCCAAACAGUCCACCUCCCGCUUUCAAGUCGCCCCUGGCCGCGAAGACCAAUGCAGACUCUCCCUUCAACGCUUCUACGAGAAGUGCUGCUCCAAAGCCCACAGGCUCGAUGACUGCGAAACCAGCUCUCUCGGGUUCAGCUUCCUGGAACACAUUUGCUCCAAGCCAAACCACUCCAGACACUCCAAGCCAAACCACUCCAGACAAGCCUGACAACGCCUUACUCAACUCUGAUUGA